UGUGUUUUGUAUUGUAUUUCGCACGUGUUUCGUAGCUAAUUUACGGUUUAUUCGGAUGAAAUUUAUUUAAAGAAAAAUAUUUCUAAAUAUGGGAAUAACAAAACAAGAAACCCACCGGCCAGGUGCAUUUAAGCAAAGUAACAAACCUCACAAGACUGGUAGACACCGCAGUAAAGGUUCAAUAAGCGGCGAGGUUAAAGGGAAGAUCGGGGUAAAAGCAUUGGUGAAACGUGCUGCGAAAGAUCUUGGGAAAGAUGCCAGGAGGCAUCAAUCUUCUCAAAUCAGGAAGAAGAAGAGGGAGGAAGUUUUGCAGGCGAAGAGGAAUUUAGGUGGAUCUAACUCUGCACCUAUUCUGGUCUGUGUCAUUCCGUUACAAGAGGAUUUAGAUAUUGAUCACGUUUUAUCUAUCUUAACAAAAGCAGACGAGUCAGCGAAUGUACACAGAAGUCCGUGUGGUGCAACUCAUUUAAGCAUACCCAGGUUUAAACAACGUUUCUCCAUUAUUGUACCUCCUGUUGGCAACGUAUUUGCUACGCUGGAUUUAGCAAAAGUAGCAACGACCGUCCUUUUCGUUGCCUCUGCUGUCAGUGAAUCUGACAGCAGUCCCAAAGAUGAGAUAAUGGAUGAUUGGGGAAGGGAGAUCAUUUUACCCUGUGUUGCCCAAGGUCUGACAACGCCUGUAGUGGCGUUGACAAACGUUGAAAGUCUACCAAUUAAGAAACGUCAAGAGUUUAAGAACAGUAUGUUCGAUGAGAUUUCCAAAUGGUUACCCGAGGAAAAAGUUUUGCAGCUGGAUUCUGCUACGGAUGCCUUCAAUGUCCUGCGACGCGUUGGUUCUCAAAAGCAGAGGACCGUGUCCUACAGGAAUAAACGAGCUCAUUUAUUAGCUGAAGAAGUCAAGUUCAAGUCUAAUGAAGAUUCUGCAGAAUUUGGAACUCUCAUAAUCUCAGGGUAUCUAAGAGGUAUUCCGUUGUCAGUGAACGGUUUGGUACACAUACCCGAAUUGGGAGACUUCCAGAUGUCUCAAAUAGACGCGCCUGAAGAUCCGUAUCCAGUGGAAAGAAAGCCGAGGAAACAUUGCAACGCGAUGGACGAUGACCCAUUGAUUCGUGUUCUCGAACGUGCGGAUCCGAACAAACAGGAAUCUCUGGAAAGCGAAAACGUGCCGGAUCCUAUGGAUGCUGAACAGACCUGGCCGACGGAAGAGGAAUUAGCCGAAGCUGCAGCUGCUCAAAAAAAGAAGAUAGUGAAGAAGGUUCCAAAGGGAACUUCUGAAUAUCAAGCAGCCUGGAUUCCCGACGAAGACGGAGAGGAGCUCAGCGAAUAUUCGAACGACGAGGAGGAAGAUAAAAUGUCUCUCGACGAAGCAAAGUCUCAAACGGACAGUGAGGUAGAAGCGGAACAGGACGACGAGGAAUAUGAGACGAUCACUGUUUCCGAAGCUCCCGACGAACGAUACGAUCAGAACAUCGAUAUGACGGAGGAGAAAGAAGCAAUGGAUAAAUUAAAGUCUGCAAACUUGGACGCACAAUUCCCCGACGAAGUGGACACGCCUCAGGACAUGUUAGCGAAACAGAGAUUUCAGAAGUACCGCGGACUCGAAUCGUUUCGUACAAGUCCGUGGGACCCAAAAGAAAACCUCCCGAGCGAUUACGCGCGGAUAUUUCAAUUCCAAAAUUUCGAUCGGACGCGGAAACGCGUAUUCAAAGAAUCCGAGGAAGUAGAAGGCGCCAUGCCCGGCUGGUACAUCACGAUUCACGUCGUUAACGUCAGGCAAGAUCUUUUCAUCGCGUUUCGCGCGCUGGAGAACCGUCCGUUAAUCGUAUUCGGUUUACUCCCUAAUGAACAGAAAAUGUCUGUGCUGAACGUAGUGUUGAAGAAUACAAACAAUACUCCUUUGCCAGUGAAAUCCAAACAGAGGUUGAUUUUCCAAUGCGGCUUCAGGAGGUUUUCGGCGUGUCCGAUUUUCAGCCAGCACACGAACGGUAAUAAACACAAGUACGAGAGGUACUUUAGACCGGAGAGUACCGUCGUUGCGAGUAUGUUCGCUCCAAUCGUUUUCCCACCGUGUCCGGUUCUCUGUUACGUCCAGAAAUUAAACAAAUCCUUGGAAUUAAUCGGGACUGGGAGCGUGUUAUCUGCAAAUCCUGACAGAAUAGUUAUAAAGAGAGUAGUCCUGAGUGGUCAUCCGUUUAAAGUACAUAAACGAUCAGCCGUUAUACGAUUCAUGUUCUUCCAUCGGGAAGAUAUAAAUUGGUUCAAGCCAGUCGAGCUGCGGACGAAGCUCGGUCGCAGGGGACACAUAAAAGAACCAUUAGGUACGCACGGCCAUAUGAAAUGUGUCUUCAAUGGGCAGCUGAAGUCGCAAGAUACCAUCUUGAUGAAUUUAUACAAACGCGUGUUCCCGAAAUGGACGUACGAGCCGUUGUUAAUAACCGAUUUGGAGAACAACGAACAAAACAUGAACAUAGAUUAAAGUUAACAAGAAAUUGUAUAUAUGAAUAAAGAAUUAAAUGGUUCUUUAUUAUA